AUGUCUGGCAGACCUCCCGAAUUCGGCACCACGAUUACCAUUGUUGGUGGAGCCUACCCGAACAUAACAAAGAACCGUUACAGCAGGUGGUUUCAAAGCAUGGGUUCCACGAAGCUCAAACUGAGCAACCUCAGAGAACUCAAGGUUAAAGCAAGUGAUAGUAUCGAGAUGGAAGGAUCCAACAUUGGAGAAGGUACUGUCACGGGCAUGGCCAUCAAGUGCGAUACAGUUACGACCAUAUCUGUGAGGGAUGAUACACUGACACCGCCCGUAAAAUCCAAAAUGGCUGUUAUGGAGAGGAACUUAAGCGGCGCAAGCAGUUCCAUUGGCAGUUCUUGUGUUGCUGAAAUAUAG